CUAUAUUUUCUCUAUAUUCUCUAUAUUAUUCCAAAAAUGUCGGAAAAUGUAGAUUGCCUACUUAUUGACGACGCGUUGAUAUUUGAAUAUAUAGUACCACCACUCGGUGGCUUCCAUUAGGGGGUGCCGUAACCGCCGCUGGGACGGGAAAGGGAUUAAAAAAGAUUCGUUAGGACAAGGUCAUUCCGAGACACGCGCGGUCUAACGUAACAUAUUGCAAUUUGACGAAACGAAUCGCUAUCUCUCGUUCUCUCCUUCGCGAGGAGGCUCUCCGAUCUCGGCAGAUAAGAGAAGAGAGCUGCUUGUUUAUCAGCGUUUCCAAUCACGCGAAGUUUCGCGUUACUGUGCAAUCGCGGCGAUGGCCACCUGGGAUGGCUCGUAUCAGGAGGACCCGAAUUACUUCGUGUACGCCGAUGGGAGUGCGGCCAACGCUAUCACGGGAGACUGGCCGUAUAUCUCUGGGAACUCCAGAAACUAUUAUCCGGCAGCCGAGGGCGGUCAGCGCGAGCAGAGCGGCGGCUCAGCCACAGCUUUCUAUCAGCACCCGUCGAACAUGGUGCCUUUGGGAAACAAUAUCUACGAGGAACGUGUACUGCCAGGCUCCUCAUCCGUGGAAAAUACGCGGGCCUCAAACACCGUCCAUGCAACAUCGCGCAACAAGCCGCCCUUCUCCCGUGGCGGUUACAGACUGAGAUCUAGAGGUACUCGCAUGCCCGGCAAACACACGCCGCCAGGCGUGUCAUCAUCGUCGUCGGCGUCGACAUCGGCGUCGGCGGGCGACGUUUUUAUUCAGUCUAGCGUAGUAGAGAACUCCAAUCUGCAUCCCAUGGCUAACGAAUUCGUGCCGAAUAAUCAGGUAAGAUUCAAGAAGAAUUCCAGAUUUGGCAAAAGAUUGGAUGAACAGGGCAACGCCGCAGGAAAAGGUUUUAAUACCUAUGCGCAGGAAUUCAAACCAAAAUCGACCUCGAUGGACAACAGGUACAAAGGCGAGAAGCGUUACGAUAAUAGAAGGGAUAUGAGUUACAGGCAGAGAAACUCGCAGCAAGACAUGCAAUUGAGAUCGGGCUACAGGGGUACUCAUAGAACGUACAACACGAGAAAUUAUAAUAAAUUUCAGAACGGCAAAUAUUACAAUAAGAAGCAUCAAUCAGAUGUAUCCUUCAUGGAACAGAAUAUCACUGGAGAAGUUCACUCAUUUACAGUUGAAGCUUCUGAUUCAGCUACAACUAAUAGUCAAGAAAAUAAGAUUGUUGUUGAGGAGAUUCAGGAAAAUGACUCGUCUUCGGAUACAAGGAUCAGUAGAAAUAAAGAAGAAACGCUGACGCAUGAUAAUAACGAUUCGGGAAAUAUGCCCUUGAAAAUUUCUGAAGCACAACGAAACGGUAGAUCUAAGCGAUUCGCCAAUACAUCUAAUAAUUAUAAAUAUAAUCCAGAUGAUAUGCAAUCUGAACCUAGUGCUAGAUACAAGACAACAGGAAGACAAAUACAAAGAAGAAAUGAGACAAGUUACAAGGAGAAGAAACUAGAAAAUUGGAGAGACAGGACAGAGAAUAAUGAAAUGACACGUGCAGGGCAGGGGAAAAAUUUGAAGAAAAAAUUUGACAUUGAUGAUGACGCGAGUCAAAGGGAGAGAUUAACUGAACAAUUGAACAAGGGAACAUUGGAAUGCUUGGUCUGUUAUGAACACAUCAAGCAAAAUGACUACGUUUGGUCUUGUAGUAAUUGUUAUCAUGUAUUGCAUUUGAAAUGCAUCAAAAAAUGGGCAAAAUCAUCCCAAGGUGAGAAUAACAGUUGGAAAUGCCCGGCUUGUCGAGACGUUAGUUUUCUCGUGCCUGAAGAUUACGUCUGCUUUUGUGGAAAGAUGAAGAUGCCAGAGUGGAACCGCAGAGACGUGGCACACUCGUGCGGCGAUAUCUGCGGCCGACACUUGUCCAAGAAUAAUUGCACGCACAAAUGCACUCUGCUUUGUCAUCCUGGCUCUUGUCCGCAAUGUGUGGCGAUGGUGACUAAAUACUGCGGAUGCGGGAGAACGUCGCAAAUGCUACUGUGUAGCGCUCAUCAAUUGUUGAUGUGCGAUUCGAUAUGUGGAAAAGAUCUAUCGUGUGGCAAGCACACCUGCCAAAGAAAAUGCCAUCAAGGAGAAUGCGGGCCCUGCGACAAAAUUGUGCGACAAACGUGUUUUUGUAGUAAGAAAAUUCAGGAAGUACCUUGUCGAGCCAAUGUCGCAGAUACGUACUGCUGUGAUAAUAUUUGUAACAAACCAUUGGAUUGUGAGAAACAUUAUUGUCAGAAAAUCUGUCAUUCGGAACCUUGUGAAUCCUGUUCUUUGACGCCCGAAAGAAUUACAAUGUGUUGCUGCGGUCAAACACCGUUAACGGAGAAGAGAGAGAGCUGCAUGGAUCCUAUACCGACUUGCGAAAAAAUCUGCUCAAAGCGCUUGAAAUGCGGCCAGCCUAGUAAUCCACAUAUUUGUAAGGCACCGUGUCACACGGGAAAAUGCCCAGAAUGUGACUUGACUACUGACGUUAAAUGCCGAUGCGGUAAUAUGGAUCGCGAGAUCGCUUGCAAGGAUCUAACGAGUAAGGCCGAUGACGCACGCUGCGAAAAACGCUGCAAGAAAAAAAGAUCCUGUGGCAAACACAACUGUAAUCAGCUAUGCUGCAUCGAUAUCGAGCAUAUCUGUCCAUUGCCAUGUUCAAAGACCUUAAGCUGUGGUCGGCACAAGUGUCAGGAGAGAUGUCACAUGGGAAGAUGUUCACUUUGCUUGGAAAGCAGCUUUGAAGAGUUGUACUGUGAAUGUGGUGCUGAGGUAAUCUAUCCGCCAGUACCAUGUGGUACGAGGAGGCCUACUUGCAAUCGGCCGUGUUCGCGCGAACAUUCUUGUGACCAUGAGGUGCUGCACAAUUGUCACAGCGAGCCCACGUGUCCACCUUGCAGCGUUCUAACUCAGAGAUGGUGUCACGGCAAACACGAGCUUAGAAAGGCGGUACCAUGCCAUGUGAAAGAAAUUUCAUGCGGUCUGCCUUGUAACAAGCCGUUGAUAUGCGGACGGCAUAAAUGCAUCACGAUGUGUCAUUCUGGACCCUGUGAGAAAUCCGGACAGCAAUGUACACAACCAUGCACUACAACGAGAGAGUUGUGUGGGCAUAUUUGCGCCGCUCCAUGCCACGAAGGAAAAUGUCCAGAUACACCUUGCAAAGAGAUGGUUAAGGUUACAUGUCAGUGUGGACAUAGAACUAUGAGUCGUGUCUGUGCCGAUAACGCGCGAGAAUACCAAAGGAUAGCAAGCAACAUUUUAGCUAGUAAGAUGGCUGAUAUGCAGCUCGGUCAUUCUGUCGAUUUGGAAGAAGUGUUUGGACAAGGCGCGAAGAAGCAAAAUCAGUUGAAGACUCUGGAGUGCAACGAUGAGUGCAAGACGAUAGAAAGAAAUAGAAGACUUGCAUUAGGACUACAAAUCGUCAAUCCGGACUUAAGCGGCAAACUGAUGCCCAGAUACAGUGAUUAUAUGAAACAGUGGGCUAAGAAAGACCCGCAUUUCUGUCAAAUGGUUCAUGACAAGUUGACAGAGUUGGUACAAUUGGCGAAGACGUCCAAGCAAAAAUCUCGAAGUUACUCAUUUGAUGUUAUGAACAGAGAAAAACGUCAUUUCGUACAUGAGUCAUGCCAGCAUUUCGGCUGCGAAAGUCAGGCGUACGAUGAAGAACCGAAGAGAAAUGUUGUUGCUACUGCCGUGAAAGAUAAGUGUUGGUUACCAAGCUAUAGUUUACUGGAAGUGAUACAGAGAGAAAAAGGACAAAGGAAAGUUCCAGGUCCGGUACUCAAUGCUUCGAAAGGAAAUAACUCUACAAAGACUGUUCUUUCAUUACCUAUAAAACAAAAUCAGCAAUCGCUGCCAUCAUCUUCAACUAAAACUGCUGACAAAGAGAUAGAUUAUUUUGACUAUCGAGGAUAA